UACCAAUAUGGCGCCGCGCUGGGACCGGAAGUGAUCCUGUGCAGCGCUGACUGAGCCAUUAUAUCGGGAGGAAGGCGUCAGGUGUGAACAUCGACUAUGGCUUCCUCUGCGGGUCCUCGGGCAGCCGGGACAGAUGGAAGCGAUUAUCAACAUCGAGAGAGGGUGGCCAAUCAUUAUCAAAUGAGCGUGUCUCUGAAGAACGAAAUCAAGAAGCUGAUCUACGCCCACAUAGCCAUCUGGGCGUUGCUGGCAGCUCAGGCAGUCGUGGCCCACCUGAAACUGGUAUCCCAUGAUUUGGUUGCCAUGCCGUACCAGUGGGAGUACCCCUACCUCCUGAGCAUCGUCCCCUCGCUCUUCGGAUUGUUCUCCUUCCCCCGUAAUAACAUCAGUUACCUGGUGAUCUCCAUGAUCAGCACCGGCCUCUUCUCCAUCGCCCCCUUGAUCUACGGCAGCAUGGAAAUGUUCCCCAUGGCCCAGCAGCUGUACCGCCACGGCAAAGCGUACCGAUUCAUCUUCGGCUUUUCCGCCGUGUCCGUCAUGUACUUGGUUAUGGUUGUGGCCGUGCAAGUUCAUGCCUGGCAGAUCUACUACAGCAAGAAGCUCUUGGACUCUUGGUUCACCAGUACUCAGGAAAAGAAGAAAAAGUAGCUGGAGGGUGGAGGCGAUGAGAGGUAGGACUAUAGGGAAGAAAAAGGAACCAGAGGGUGGAAGGAAGGACCAUAGAGAAGGACUUGGGGGGAAUGAUGUAAAUGGUCCAUGCAACGUGUUGGAGGAGCAAGGCUUUGGUUGAUUUAAAGGGGUUGUGCCGUUUUGAAGUUUUCCCCUAUCCGCAGGAUAUUGGGUAACUGAUAGGUGGUAGCUUGACCGCUGGGGCCCAUACCGAUCCUGAGAACGGUGGUGCCAGUCUCCUGAUCUGACGGAGCGGCAGGUUAGGCAUGCACCCUACCGCUCCAUUUAUUCUGCUACAGAUAGCGGACUGCAGCACUGCAGUGCCAUAGAGAAUGGAGCAUCAGGGCACAUGCUCGACCUGCAGCUACAUCAGAUCAGGGGAACUGCACCCCCAUUCUCAGGAUCGGUGGGACUCCCAGCAGUUGGACCCCACCAAUCAUUUAUCUCUUAUACUGUGGAUAGGGGAUAACCUCAAAACUUGGCACAGCCCCUUUAAGGCGCAUUUACUUUGUAAAUCUUCACAGAUCAGACAUUAUAUUCCAUUAUAUUGUUGUAAGAGAAGUCUGUCUCCUUCCGUCUUUGCUUCCAUCUGUGUUUUACAAACGUCCACAUGAAAAUAAAUGAAUGUCUUGUAUGAAAAUGAA